AGGAGGCGGAGGAGCCGCCGCAGCAGCCGCCGAACCUCCUCCUCCCGGCCAGGUCGCCUUGGCUCGCUCGUCGCCCAGCCCUGGGAGCGCCGGGCGGGCAUGAGAGCCGCGUGCCGGCCGCCCCCCCUCGCCGCCGCCGCCGCCGCCGCCGCCCUGACUCUGCAGCCGCCGGAGGGAGACGAAGCCGCCGCCGUCGCCGCCCGCCCGCGAUGUCCAGGAGGAAGCAGAGCAACCCCCGGCAGAUCAAACGCCCCUUCGGUGAGAUGGAGGAAGUUGACGAGGCUCCUUUGGAAGAAAACAGCCCAUCAGAAAAGGAGGCCGUUGCUUCUGAUCGCGAAGGCUCCGUGGAAGGCGAUUCCUCCAGCAAACCUUGUAGCGAGAAAGCGGAACUCAAAGAGAGCUCGGACAGCCCAAAGGAGCCGGAUCAAGAGGUUCCGGAGAAGCCGCAGGAGCUCACGUUGUGGAAUGGGCCAGAUGAGCUGGAGCUGAUAACUUCUGAGGGCGGGAGCAAGGUGCGUGCCCGGCAGAGCCUGCCCGAGGGAUUAUCCUGGGGCCCGUACCAGGGCAACAUCCACAGCGAGCCUGGUUCCCCGGGACACGGCGAGACGGCAAACCCGCCCGUGACCCUAAUGCUGGAAGACGAGCGUGGCUGGCUGUCGAAGCUGCCGUUGGUUUCUGGGGAAGGCGACGCCAAUUCAGUGAUCUACAAGAAAGAUGGUUCCAUCUGGUGCAAAACCACCAAGGCCGUCUCGGAAGGAGACGCGCUGAGCACGUUCGUCAUGGCUGAACCGAUGGGGAUCCCCAACCACACCGUGAAGACUGAGGCCGGGGAGUCCACUUACCCAGCUACUCUGCCCCCCGAAAUUCAGCUUCUGCCUCAGCAGGCGGGCAUGGCAGCCAUCUUAGCCACAGCAGUUGUGAACAAGGACGUCUUCCCCUGCAAGGACUGUGGAAUUUGGUACCGGAGCGAGCGGAACUUGCAGGCUCACCUGUUGUACUACUGCGCCAGCCGCCAGAACGCAGCGUCGCCCACGGUGGAUGAGAAACCCAAGGAGGCCUACCCCAACGAGCGCAUCUGUCCCUUUCCCCAGUGCAAGAAGAGCUGCCCCAGCGCCAGUUCCUUGGAGAUCCACAUGCGCAGCCACAGUGGGGAGAGGCCAUUUGUCUGCCUCAUCUGCCUUUCCGCCUUCACCACAAAAGCCAACUGUGAGCGCCACCUGAAAGUCCACACAGACACGCUCAAUGGUGUCUGCCAUAGCUGCGGCUUCAUCUCCACCACCAGGGACAUCCUCUACAGUCACCUGGUCACGAAUCACAUGAUUUGCCAGCCAGGCUCCAAGGGGGAGGUCUAUUCCCCAGGGGCCACCGUUCCCACUCCGGCCACCAAACCACUGACCCCAGGUUUGAGCGUGCCCGGCCCGACGCUGAAGUGCAGCUUCUGCGGCUACGUGGCCGACUGCUUGCCCAGCCUCCAGCAGCACGUGGUUCUGCACAGCGCCGCAGCGGCGGUUCUGCCGGGCGCGGAGCCCAAAGCGGCCCACAGCCAGCCAGACGCCCCUGCCAAACUGGGAGCCAAGGAGUCCCCGGUGGAAGAAGCAGCCAACGGCUCCCCUCCCCAAGACGGAAAUGCCUCUGCCACGUCAGUCGAUGGGGCGCCCCCCGUGAGGAUCAAAGAGGAGCCCAUGGAUGAGGGCGAUGCUCCCAAAGGAACCCCCCAGGCCGGGCCUGAGCAGGAGCCAGAAGCCUCUUCCAGGACGUCCUCGCCACACAGCCUGCAUUCGGUGAAGGUCAAGUCUGAGCUUGCCAGUCCCACUCCCGGGUCCAGCCCGGUGCCCAGCGAGCCGGGCUCCAGCACGCCGGGCGGCACCAUCUUCCUGCCGCAGUACAUGUUCGGCCACGAAGCCGCCGUGGUGCCGCAGGCGUCGGAGAUCUUGGCCAAGAUGUCGGAGCUGGUGCACAGCCGCCUAAAGCAGGGCCACGGAGGGGUCCCCCCGGCCCUCUUCCCGGGCACCCCAGUGCCCAAGGGCGCCACUUGCUUUGAGUGCGAGAUCACCUUCAACAACAUCAACAACUACUACGUCCACAAACGGCUGUAUUGCUCCAGCCGCCGUAUGGCCGAGGAGAACCCCCCCGGCCCCCGCAAGCUGAAGGCAGUGCCCUCGGCCGUCUCCAAAGGCCCGGCCGCGGCUGGCGUGCUCCUUUCGCCCCCACCGCCCGGAGACGGCAAGGCCGCACAAGAGGGGGAGGCCGGGAGAGGUGCCUCGCCGCCUGUCCCGGAGAUCAAACAAGAGGUCAAGGUGGAGGAGGGGGCGGCUAAAGCCAGCCCUUCCCCCGAGGCAGACGGCACCGGGCGAGUCAGCGAGGACAGCCAAAGCCCUGGGGGCAGCUCCGUCGAGGAGCCGGACGACGACCCCAGCCGCACUGUGUGCGAAGCCUGCAACAUCCGCUUCAGCCGCCACGAGACCUACAUGGUGCACAAGCGCUACUACUGCGCCUCCCGCCACGACCCGCCGCUGCGCCGGAGCAGCGGCGCUGCCAACAAAGUGCCCUUCCUUCCUCAGCCGAUCCGCACCCGCAAACGGCGCAAGCUCUACGAGAUCCACCACGCUGCCGGCCAGCUCAGUGGCGCCCUGGACGGGGCGCGCCCCGAGGCGCCGCCCGUGGUCCCAGCUCUCAUUUCUGUGGUCAAGGCCACCCCCUCGCCCAGCUCGAGCCCUGACGCGGACGGGCCCAUUGACCUGAGCAAGAAGCCCCGGCUCCACAGCGGCGGGGAAGUGCUGCCGGCUUCGCUCCUGCCCCUGGCGGACUACCACGAGUGCACGGCCUGCCGCAUCAGCUUCCACAGCUUGGACAGCUACCUGGCCCACAAGAAGUACUACUGCCCGGCCACGCCGUUGCAAGCCAGCACCUUGGAGCAACUGCAGAAGAUCAAGGGGGCCGUCCCAGUCCUCCUGAAGCCCCGAGGCAGCCCCGAGGGGCCGGCCGAGGAGCACGAGGGGGGCCCGGGCAAAGCGGAGAAAGCGGCGCCUGCCUUGAGCCCUGCCGCCCUGCCGUCCGCCUUCCCCGGCGCGGACCCGCUGCAGCAGCGCUACUUGGAUGCCAAAGCCCUGCACCUGCAAGGCGCGAAGCUGCCCCUGGCCGUGUGCCCCUAUUGCCCGCUCAACGGGGCCGUCAAGGGGGACUUGGGGGAGCACUUCCGCAGCGCCCACGGCCUCUUUGUCGCCAAGACGGUGGCGGGCGCCGCCUUGAUCGAGGCCAGCCGGACGCUGGCGGAGGGCGGCCUGCUGCCCCCGCUGCCUGCCGCCUCCCCACCCCAGCCCCUCCCCAGACUGCGCAAGGACAGCUUCAACGGCAAAGAGCCGCCCGCCCCCCUGCCGGUGUCGAACGGGAGCCCGCGCCCCACCGUUUCCCCACAGCCCCUCCUCCCCGUCUCCCCGUCCCUCCCCUUGCCUAUCUCCCCACUGCCCGAGGGACCCCCUAACCCUCCCCCUGGGUAUACGGACAAAAGCGUGCAGACCCCGCCGGGGAAAGGGCCGCCCGCCCCUCUGGCCAACGGCAACCACCGCUUCUGCCGCCUGUGCAACAUCAAGUUCAGCAGCCUCUCGACCUUCAUUGCACAUAAGAAGUACUACUGCUCUUCCCACGCUGCCGAGCACGUCAAGUAACGCCUCGCCCGUGCCGGAGUGUCGUCGGCCUGCUCGCCGGGGCGGGCUCUGGCCGGUCGUGGCUACGAGGGCCGCGGGUUUGGGAGCCGCCUAUCCGGAUGAACUCUUCUGCCCUCAAGAGCUGUCCGUCCCCUCGGGUCUGGAACUGGGGAAGGGUUGGUUUUGCACUGGGCCUGUGCAAGAGGAACUGGUUCUCCCUUAGAGGCCCAUCAAGGGACGGCGGGGUUUGCACUGCGGGGACUGGGGUUCUCUUAGCCCCCCUACCUUCCAAGGCAGAAGGCCCAAAGCACAGGCGCUGCGGCUAGCCCCCUCCUCCUCGUCCAAGCCUGAAUAAGAAGAAUUCAGGGAUCCCCUCUUUUUCAUCUGGGGUGUGGCAGGGUGGUUUGGGGAAGAUGGAGCCCUCCGCCUGGUCUGGAGCCUGAUGAGCCCAGGGCUAGCUGACCUGGAGCCCUAGCAGUGUGCAUGAUGGGAGGGUGGGCAGCAGCUGUACAGGUGCAAACAGGGCCACCAGGCCGUGUCUACAGCUGCUGAACGGGAGACCCCUUUCUCUGCUUUUCUACUGCCCCAAGUUUACAGUGGCCCUUUUUUGGGGGAGAAGUUCAGAAGCCCCUGUGGCUUCUCUCCCGUUUUUCCCCCAAUUUCCUCGAUGCCUUCCUCCCAAGUUCUGGUGACUUUUCCCAUCAGCCAAAUGUUUAAAGUGACGAGAUCUCCCAUUUCGAAGGAGAAAGCUGAACCCAUCACAAGAUGCUUCGGAGACCCUGUUUUAAGCCAGGGUUUGGGUCUUGCAGCUUUUUUCUUUUUCUGUUUUCAGCAUAUUAAGUCAUAAUAGAGAAGCAGCUGCUUCUGAGCAUGUACAGAGUGCCUGUUCCUCACCUAAAAUAAACCCAGCUGUGUCCUUGGGCUUAGGGAGCAGGCAUCUAGAGAGGUUUGGGUCCAAAGACCUUCUUCAAAAAGAAUCCCCGAGGAUGGGGGUCCAUACAGGGGUUUGGGUGCUAAAAAGAUGACCACAGAAAGUGUUGACAUGCAGAAUCGCUGUGUGGUGAGUCUUUCCUGUCAUCCUGUUGUUGAACUCUUCCAACAGGCGCCCUUUGUGGUCAGGUUUAUAUUUCACCGUGCUUUAAAUUUUUUUCUAUAAUGGGUGGGGAACCGUUUUCCACCCAAAAGCUGGAUUCCAUUAUGCAGACCGCAUUCCGGUGGUAGGGAGGGGCCCAGAAACAAAAGUGGGCGGGGCUGGGAAAUCUAAAAAUAAACCUCCCUCUCCUUGUUACCAAUUUAUAGUAGAAAGCGUGUCUACUCAGAAGAAAGCAUGAGCAGCAUGUCUACUCACAAGUAAGGAGGGCAAGCCUCUGCAUGUGUACUCAGAAGUAAGUGGGAAAGAAUCACUUAGCACUUUCGAGUAGCAUCCCAAACACCACUCUCCUCUGCAUGUCUGUUCAUAUCAUGUCUACUCACAAGUAAGGAGGGCAAGCCUCUGCAUGUGUACUCAGAAGUAAGCAAGAAAGAAUCACCUAGCACUUUCGAAUAUCAUCCCAAACACCACUCUCCUCUGCAUAUCUGUUCAUUUCAUGUCUACUCACAAGUAAGGAGGGCAAGCCUCUAAAUGACCAGGCUUAGAAAAAAGCAGGACUGACACACUCAACAGCACUUUCAAAUAGUAUUUCUAUUCAGACAUAUGCAUGAGCAUCAUGCCUACUCACAAGUAACCUGGGCAAGCAUCUGCAUGUCUCCUCAGUAGUAAGCAUAAGCAUCAUGUCUACUCACAAGUAAGCAGGGCAAGCCUCAAAAGGAAGCAGGGCAAUCACUCCACAGCUUUCUCCCUCUGCCCCGCAGGGAAAGGCUCUUAUCUCCAUUCAGUAGCUGAUUUGAGAUAAGAGCUUUUGCUUGGGUGGCAGAAGGGCCAGGGGACAAAGCCAUAUGGCGAGCCCCCUAGGCCAGAGUUUCCCCAGCCUUUGCACCAUUCCUUUUAGAAACCCAUCAUCAAUCUAGGAGCAUCAGCAGGUAGAAAAUCACCUACGCUGUCUCCCACCGAGCACUUGUGGUCUUUACACAGUGAAUAGAUAAGUGUGUGAAGGAGAGGACAACUGCACUCACUCAGCAGUGAGGAAAAUGUACUCUGCGUAUGCUCAGAAAUAUCAGUAUUUCUUGAGACUCCUUUCCAUUUGAAAACGAAGACUGGGACUAAACAAAAUUUCACUCCUGUUGCUGCCACCACCCAUGGGACAGGCCCCAUUUUUUUAUUAUUAUUAUUUUUUGAGGCAGGGGAGAGAUCACAGACCCCACCCCUGAUGGAAGCUGCAGCACUCCUUGGGUUUGCAAGAGACUCCGCCCCGUGCCUGCUGGUAGAAGUAACCAGGUCGAGAUUCAGGCAAUGGAGGGCAUCUCAAAAGCAGUCAACUCUUCUUGGCCAGGGGUCCGUAAAUCACAAGACGCCGGCUUGUCUGCUGUACUGGUAAAGCUCAAGGGCAAACGAGGCAAUUUGGUCUGGCUUAAUUCCCCUUGUGUGGACAGGUCGGGCUUUGCAAGGUGUGGCGCUGUCUCCUGUAGCUCACGUACCUGACCAAAGCUCCUCGUGGUCCACCCGGCCACACGUGCACCAGAACUCGGCCCCAAUUCCAGUCGAGAGCGAAGUUUUCUUUUGGCACUUGCUCAUUUCCAUUUGAGGGUUAGGGUUCUCUCCAGGCCAGAGUGGAUUCCUGGGCAUCCCUGCCUAGGUGGGCUUGCAGACCCUUUGCACGAGGAGGGGCGGGUGCCCAGCCCAGCCCAACCCCAGCCCCUUAUAGGGGAGCAAGCGGGUUGUCCGGCCCUCCCUUUCUGCAGAGUUAGUGGCGUGGGAGGGAGGCCCUGCCUUUGGGUGUGCAUUUCUCCCUUCCCCCCCUCCCCCAAAUCGUUGUCCGGUGGGUUUAUGUAGAAUCUUUGUGGACUGGAACUGAAAUGCAAACAAGACAGCACUGAAGAGGGAGAGGGAAUCUCUCCGCGUGGGAAACGUGUGUAUAAGUGUGUACAGAAAUAAAUGUCUACUGAACCUCAA